UGCUCUUCCCCGGUCUGCCCAGCAACUCCAUCGCCAUGUCCAACCCCCGUGUUUUCUUCGACGUCAGCGCCGGCGGCCAGCGUCUCGGCCGCAUCGUCAUGGAGCUCCGUGCCGAUGUCGUCCCCAAGACUGCUGAGAACUUCCGUGCCCUCUGCACUGGCGAGAAGGGCUUUGGCUUCGCUGGCUCCUCGUUCCACCGUGUCAUUCCCGGCUUCAUGUGCCAGGGCGGUGACUUUACCAACCACAACGGCACUGGUGGCCGCUCCAUUUACGGUGCUCGCUUCAACGACGAGAACUUCCAGCUCAAGCACACUGGCGCUGGCAUUCUCUCCAUGGCCAACGCCGGCCCCAACACCAACGGCUCGCAGUUCUUCAUCUGCACCGCCGAGACCGCCUGGCUGAACGGCCGCCACGUCGUCUUUGGCUCUGUCGUCGAGGGUCUGGAUGUUGUCCAGAAGGUCGAGUCCUACGGCUCGUCCUCUGGCUCCACCAAGGCCAAGAUCGUCAUCGAUGCCUCCGGCCAGUUGUAAAGCAUAAUCGCUUAGUUCCUGAUACCCUGCAUCUGCAGCGUGUCUGUGCUUUGUUCAAACUGUAAUAUACAGCGUGUUUACGAGCA